GCACGGUCAGACGGGGGAAGGACAGGGCAGCCCGCAGCUGAAGUUUUCUUUCUCCGGUUAUCACAUGAAAUAACUUUUUUAGGGGAAAUUUUUUAUGGAUCUACACCGUGAAAACUCAUGUAAAGAAAGAGUGGAUGUUUUAUUUGAUACGGUUUUGAGUCUUGCAAUGUGGCACUCUGUGGAGCAAACGGUGACCUCCAGGUAUUUAAUGUUGUUUUUUUUAGUGCCUGUUUUAUGAUUUUUUUCUAAGUAUAGCAGCGAAUGAUAUUCAUAACUUGAUCGUUUAUAUUUUUUAUUUUUACGCAUUUUUACACAUUAUGACGACAAAUUGAAAAUGUGUUAUGUGGUAAACUUUAUUAGUAAGUGAACUUUGCAGUCAGGCUCCAACAAGCCAAGUCAGGGGGGGAAAUAACCCCCCUCCCCUCGCUGAUUCGCUCAUCUUCAAGUGCAAAGUGUAAAAAAUGAGCAGCCCCUCCAGGAGUUUAGACGGCCAGAAAGGUGAAAGCCCAGGUCACAAACCGGAGACAUCCAGGUACCGCAACUGGAGCAGUCUCCGCUUCUCCAGAUGGAGAACUGGGUCCCAGAGGGCAACACCACCUCCCACCCCCUCCCCAAAGACAGACAAGAGGAGCGAUGUGAGCAAGACGCUCUUCUCGCUGGUCAAGACUCACAAUGACGACUACACAGCGGAUCCGGAUGGCCUCCUGGACACCAACGGAGAGGGCGAGGGAGAUGGCGAUGACGUGUCUCAGGACCAGUCCACCUAUUUCCAGAAGCAGUUUGGCUCCAUGCUGCAGCCCGGGGUCAACAAGUUCUCCCUGCGCAUGUUCGGCAGCCACAAAGGUGUUGCUGCUGAGCAGGAAAGGGUUAAGAGCUUUGGAGUGUGGAUCAUACACCCCUACAGUGACUUCAGGUUUUACUGGGACAUUGUAAUGCUCCUGUUGAUGAUGAGCAACCUUGUCAUUUUGCCCUGGGGCAUCACCUUCUUCGAAGACCAGAACACCAUGCCCUGGAUCACCUUCAACGUCCUGUCUGACACACUCUUCCUCAUGGACCUCGUUUUCAACUUCCGUACGGGCAUUUUGGGAGAGGACAGCCACAUUAUCCUGGACCCCAAAGAGAUCCGCAUUCAUUACCUCCGCACCUGGUUCCUGGUGGACUUCAUCUCCUCCAUUCCUGUCGACUACAUCUUUCUCAUUGUCGACCUCGAAUCCCGACACGAGUCAUCUGAUGUGUACCGUACAGCUCGUGCACUUCGCAUUGUGCGUUUCACAAAAAUCCUCAGUCUGCUGCGUCUUCUCCGACUGUCUCGCCUCAUCCGAUACAUCCACCAGUGGGAAGAGAUUUUCCACAUGACAUAUGACCUGGCCAGUGCUGUGGUACGUAUAGUCAACUUGAUCGGCAUGAUGUUGCUGUUAUGUCACUGGGAUGGCUGCUUGACCUUCAUGGUGCCUAUGCUGCAAGACUUUCCUCCAGACUGCUGGGUAUCUAAAAACAAUAUGGUGAACUCUACGUGGCACAUACAGUACUCCUACGCUCUGUUUAUGGCCAUGAGUCACAUGCUGUGCAUAGGAUACGGUGCCCACCCUCCAGAAGGCAUGAGUGACGUUUGGCUCACCAUGGUCAGCAUGGUAGUUGGGGCCACCUGCUACGCAAUGUUCCUCGGCCAUGCAACUAACUUGGUCCAGUCCUUGGACGCUUCGCAUCGGCAGUAUCAAGAGAAGUAUAAACAAGUGGAGCAGUACAUGUCAUUUCAUAAACUGCCAGCAGACUUAAGACAGAGGAUCCAUGACUACUAUGAGCAGCGAUUCCAAGGCAAGAUGUUUGAUGAGGACAACAUCCUUGGAGAGCUCAGUGAUCCACUCAAGGAGGAGAUUGUCAGCUAUAACUGUCGUGGACUCGUGGCCAACAUGCCACUGUUUGCCAACACUGACCCUCAUUUUGUGACGGUGAUCCUAACCAAGCUGCGUUUUGAAGUCUUCCAGCCAGGAGAUUUUAUUAUACGGGAGGGAACGCUGGGUCGGAAAAUGUACUUUAUCCAGCAUGGGACCGUCACUAUCAUCCCACGCGGCAGUAAGGAGAUUAAGCUCAGCGAUGGAGCAUAUUUUGGGGAGAUUUGCCUGCUGACUCAGGGACGACGCACAGCCAGCGUGAGGGCCGACACCUACUGUCGUCUUUACUCUCUGAGUGCGGAUAGUUUCAGUGAGGUUCUGGAGGAGCACCCUCUGAUGAGGAGGGCGUUUGAGAGUGUGGCCGUGGACCGACUGGACCGUGUUGCGCGCAGAUCGAGUUAUCAGCCAGUCCCAGAUGACUGACUCCCGCAGUACCAUGAGAGAGACUCCAGCCAGAAAGUUUAAAUGUAUUUUUUUCAUUAAAACUGCAUGUGACAAAGAUAUCUUUUAUUUAAGCACACCGAUGGACAACCAGAUUGAGACGCUUACUUUAAUCUAUUACUACAGGUUUGCUGCACUGAGGUGAAAAUAUUCUACCUUCAGUUCAUUUAAUUUUGUUACUUGAAUUUGGAUAAGGUAUAAUAUGUGCUCAUGUUUAUAUAUAAUCUUCAUGUAAGAGCCACUGCAUAAUUUACAAAGAGUCUCUGGAGCUGUAAAUACCAUUUUAGUGGCUUGCAGUUCCGCUGUGAUUAUCUAUCAGAUUAUUCGUACAGGAUAUUGACAGCUUACAGGAGAAGCAGCUGGUGUUACACCAUACAGCUUUCAAUGGCUCUGUUUUAAAUGAUCCCGCUCAUCUGUAGGUCACCUGAUGUGAGGGUUUAGUGCUGAUGCUCGUAGAAGAUGAGUUGCAGUGAUGUAAUAUCGCCAAUUGUACACAGACAGUUUUCACACAGUUACACAUCACUGCUUGUGUGACAAACCUCACCAGUGGCACAGGUCAUAUAAAGAAUCCACAUUCUAUAAUUUAUACCCAGUAUUUUUUUUUCCAUGCAUACUAUUUUAGUUGCUUUGUUUCCCUCUUGAAAUGGUGUCAUAUCAUUUGCAAACAUAUAUUUAUAAUGUAAAACUGAUGAAUGAAAAUAAAGUCCCCAUAGGUUAACUAGUAGGUAAAUGUCAGGUGCUGAUUUAUAAGUUUUAUUUUUGUAAAUAUGUAUGAAUAAAUGGAACUGUUUCUUUUCAAACAAAAUAAUGCAGACAGACAUCUGAGGUUAUAUACUGUAUAUACUGUACAUCCAGCAUUUUUCACAGCAGUUUGACUUGUCAGUGUAGAAAAGCCACAGCUCUAUUUCAGCAUUAAAAAUGUUGCUAUUAGGAGUUCAUUUAUGUUCUAUUUUUGCCUCAUAGAAAGAUCUGACAAAUGUAAAUAGGCUGAACGCUGAUUUAAAUUCAGAUCUAUACUGUGUACUUUUCUCAGGUACAUUUAAAACAGCAUGAUUUUGAACAUUUACAUUUGAUGCAAAAAAAAAAACAAACACAAUUUUAACCAAAGUACUUAUAUGUUUUUUCUUCUUUUUCUGAUUAAUAUCUUCAUAUUGAUGAUGUCAAAUACAAAUAUCUGUACCAAGUAUAAAUAAAAAAGUGUUUUUUUUGCCUA